AUGGCUGCAAAUUCUGUUGAGAAUCAUACGGAGAAUGUUACUAUUGAACCUCUCUUGGCAAAACGCAUGAGGAAAGACCCUGAUGCAACUACAAGAAAAAGCGUUGUGGUUCUAACGAGGGGAAAUGUUGGACUUCGGGAUGGUAUGGUGUUUAUGCCAAACACCAUUGAAAUGGCUAUACUCAAAAAACCAGAUAAAGGGCAAUUCAAAACAAACAUAAACUUUUCUUCAAACAUGACAGAAACUGAUGUAAAAUCCAUAUUAAUGGAAAACUUUCCAAUUUUGAGAGACAGGAGGUAAAAAAUUUUUUUGUGUAAUUUGUUUAGUUAUUAGAAAAUUGCUUACACUAGGUGCUAUAUGCAUGUAAGACCUAUAAUUAUCUUCAGAAUAAGCCUGAUGCAACUUAAGCCAAGACAUUGCUGCUAGAAAAAGAAAUAAAUCAGUCAGUUGGUCAUCUAGUCAGUCUGUCAAUAUGUCCAAAUACUUUGUCAAAGUUCUAUGUGUUAAUACUAAUUCUAAUUCUCCCAGGUUUUACUGUGCUUCAGUGGUUAACUAUCGAACAAGAUUGGAAUUUCAUGGUGAACGUCGCAUUUGGGAUGGACGCUUCAUCAAGAAAGUGAUUAAAGGAAACUCAGCUCUUUAUGUCUUUGUAGAAGAGGUAUGGUAG